CAGCGUCGUUCGUCCGUUCCGAGUUUCAAUUUACGGUUCUGCCAAAGUAUACCCAGGUGUACGAGGGCGAAUCGGUUGUGUUCCAGUGUCGAGCUUUCUUCGACGAUGAGAUCGACUUUUCCUGGACGUUGAACGGCAAUCCCAUCCGACUGGACCGGCGUGUGUAUUUAAAUGGGUCCAAUCUGCAUAUAAACGGCGUCUCACAGCGGUUGGACAGUGGAGAUUACGUGUGCCUGGCGACGGCUCGCUCCUCCGGGGCCCGGGUCGCCACCCCGCCGGCCAAGCUGGACAUCAUCCAAACGUUCGGCAAUUUUCUGGAUAACAGGAACGGGAAGACUAGCAAAGCCUUUCUUUCAAUCAUGAUCUGUUUCUGGGAGCAAAUAAUGAGAGAGGGCUUGGAAGCCGCAGACAUUCCUACUGAUAUCCAAACAGCAAGCCGGGCCGCACUGGAAUACUGUUAUUCGAAUCAGAAGAGGACAAUAUUUAACAAACAAGGAUGUCGUAAAUUGAAAUUGAAGACGGAAACUUUUGUGGUUCAUGCUCCACACGAGAAGAUUUACAGCGCUUUCGGAAUCAAUAUGCGGAACAUUGGUUGGAGUUGCAGAACAAUAAGUUAAUUACAAAAUGAUAACAUUAGUUCAGAUAUUAUUUCGAAAAACCCGAGGAAUUGGGGUUACAAAGAUGAAUAGAUUUGAUGUGAAAUAAAUUGUUAUUUUUAUACUAAACCGGGUACUAAACCUAUUAGUUUAAGAAUCAAUUAGAAGAAAAUGCGUUCGCAUAACGGAAAAUUAACAAAAAUCUUUUUAUUUUAGAUUUGCAAAUUUC